UUAAUUAAACCAGUGAUUCUAUCUGACACACCCCCAAAAGAAAAAUCGCCCAUGGCGGACACGAACCAGAGCGUGGUGGCGGUGAAGCCGACGCUGGCCAAGGGCACGCCGUCGGCGUCGUUCCGGCUCCGCAACGGCAGCCUCAACGCGGUGCGCCUGCGCCGCGUCUUCGACCUCUUCGACCGCAACGGCGACGGCGAGAUCACCGUGGACGAGCUGGCGCAGGCGCUGGACGCGCUGGGCCUGGACGCCGACCGCGCCAGCCUCGCCGCCACCGUCGGCGCCUACGUGCCCGAGGGCGCCGCGGGGCUGCGCUUCGGGGACUUCGACGCGCUCCACCGCGCGCUCGGCGACGCCUUCUUCGGCGCGCUCGCGGACCAGGACGACGCCGCGGACGGCGGUAAGGGCGCGGACGACGAGGAGGAGAUGCGGGAGGCGUUCAAGGUGUUCGACGUCGACGGCGACGGGUUCAUCUCGGCCGCGGAGCUGCAGGAGGUGCUCAAGAAGCUGGGAGUCCCCGAGGCCAGCAGCAUGGCAAACGUCAAGGAGAUGAUCUGCAACGUCGACCGCGACCGCGACGGCCGCGUCGACUUCAGCGAGUUCAAGGGCAUGAUGCAGGGGAUCACCGUCUGGGGCGCCUGAUCGAUGAUCGAUCAAGUUAAGUACAUGCAUGUUCAUCCAUCAACGAUCGCCAUCACCCAGGGCAGGUACCCGAAGCCGGACGGACAGGGUAGGUUUCCUAAGUAAGUACGUUUUCAGGGUCGUCCUUAAUCAUUUCUUGGAGACAGUACGUACGAAUCUUAUCUACUGUAGUUGGCUGCGCGCGCGUCAGAAUGCACCGCAGGCAGGGCCGGAUCUUGUGCGCCGCCCCUGAUGCGAUGCGCUUCUAAUUGUAAUUGGCUAGUAGUUGUGUGCUGGUGCUCCGAUGCCCUUCGCUGAUCUAGUGGUGAUGCGAGUGUCCUCUCCUCCAUAACCAUGCCAUCAUGACAUUGCUAAGUUUCAGUCUCUGACACUGCCAGUGAUAAAAAUGUAUCAAA